AUUGUCAGAGUAGAAGGUUUCUUCUGAGGUUUUGCUUUCUUAUUUUUAUUUUUUUUUUUCAAUUUAGGAUGAUAAAUAUUCAUGUUCAGAUUCUUCUAACAAUUCUUUUUUGGAAUUCUGAUUGUCAGAUUAUUCCCAGGAUUGAAGAAUGUGGACUUUCAUGUUCUCAGGGGAUUCAUUGUAAAAGCAAACCUUCCAGUGGUAUUUUUAACAGCUUCUGCCAUGAUGCUCCUGCAUCUUUACCUUCUGUGGUACUGAAAAGCAUGAAGAUCUCAACAGUGAUGAAAUGUGCCCAAGCAAGCCCAUGCUCUCUUCAUUUAAACAUUAAAGGAACACUGAGUCUGGAUGAGAAUAUUCGUGGGCUGGAAAUUUGUUCUCUUUCACUGGACACGCAGAAAUCUCAAUGCGUAAAUGUGAGGUUUGCUAGGAAAAAAAGCAAGAUGCUUAAUGGAAAAAAGGUACAGAUACAAUUCAAUUGCAUUGAAGUCAAUGUAGCACAACACAUCUAUGUGACCAUGAAAACAGUACCAAAUUACUGUGAAGUCAAGCUGAGUCAGGAAUACUAUGUUGAAGAUUGCAGAAACAGUGAUGUGGGAAAAUAUAUUCCAGCUUGUUCAGCUGGAAAGUUUGAUUAUAAUGUAGACAGAGCAAGGAAAAUUAUUUCAGUGAAUGUAUCCAACUUUCUUCGAGAUCAAGAUUAUUACAUUCGCCUAUGCCACAAAUGGUUUACAUGUGAAGAUGUAGGAGCAUUUGCUGUGAUAAAAGGGAAGGAAUCAUUAAAAUCAGUUUCUCUGAAAUAUUCUCAGCUACUGCCUUGUCUUUGCAUUGAGGGCUGGCUGGCAAUUCCAGAUGCAAGGAGGAUACAACUUUGCCCUUUUGAAAAUGAUACGAAGGCGCUAUGGGAUAAUAUUGUUUAUAACCCAGUAACACAAACUCUAGCUUGGGAACCAGCCUGUCCCGUGCUUGUCCUGGUUAACCUAUGCAGGUUAAUGAAGUCGAAUGACUACUGUGAAGAUAUACAAAACUCUUCCAGAAGUUCUCCUGAGAAACAGGUUAAAUACUCUCGUGUGGACACUCACCCGAGGCUUUGCAUGAAGUUUACAACCAAACAAGGCUCUUGGGUUAAAUGUCCAUUUGCUCAUGGAGAAUUUCCAGCUUGGAAAAUGAGAACUGCUGCAGUUGCAGAACAAAUACAAGUUUUCUUCACAUCCCAAACCAAGGCACAAUUCUCAGUACUUGUGUGUAACAGGACGCAGCUGGCCUCAUGUGAAUCUCUUGGGAUGCACCAUUCAGUCUCUGUGGGAGAUUCUGUAUCAAUUGCUAUGUCACGGGAAAUGUGUGGGUCAACGUUUUGCAUUCAGGGCUGGAGGACAGAUGUAGAUUAUUCAGUUCCACUGCAGAUCUGUGAUAUCCACUGCGGAGCGGGUUCCCAAAACCUUCCUCUGAGGCAGAUUGGUACAAACUACCGCCAGAGAUGGGACAAAACUAGGUUUCCGUGGUCAGACAUAUAGCGAUGGAAACCCAGCAAAGGCUAUGGCACACAGAAUGAAGAGUGUGCAUUCCUUGCAUUGAAUUUAACAACACAUUUUGAAGGUCUUUAGUAUGUUCUCAGCAUCAAGUUGUAUUUUGGUGUAACAUGCAAGUCUUGUCUAAAUGGUCAUCUCUCAUCUUGGUAGUUUCUACUAAUUACUGUGAGAUUAUUGUUGUGAGAGAAGCAUAUAGCAAGUUAGACUUAUUCUAACAUGUCCAAAAGAACGUGAAUUAUGAUUCCUUAUUUCCUACUAUUUAAAACCAAAAAAUGUCUUAGAUCACUUAGAGAAUCAGGUUCACAUUUUCUUCUAAAUUAAUAUUAUACAUACGAUAUUCUAUAAAUGAGUAUUGUCAUAGUACCUUGUGUACCUAUAGAACAAGUAUUUCAGAUUUUCUUAUUUGUAACCUUUGUUUUUAAACCAUAAGCAAAAGUGUUUGAGAAAUUAAUAAUGAAGUUUUCUCAGCUUUGUUACAUUAUCAUUCUCUGCAAUUUCAUUUGUUUUCUGAUGCCAUUCUGAUGAUCUCACCAUGACAGACCAUAUUCUUUAAAUAUAUCUAACAACUGCUUUCUGUGUUUGCAUUUGUAUUUGACUUGGAGAUAACCUUCUUAUUUGUCUGAGGAGGUACAUGUUUUUGGUUUGAUAGCUAUUUAAAACAGUCAUGUGGAAAUCCAGCCUAGCAGGAAACAGUUUAGUUGAAAUAAUUGAAGUUGUUUUUUGUUUUUUUUUUUUUUUUCUUUUCCAUUAUAUCAGUAUUUAUACUCAAUUAUUCAAAACAAAUAUUACAUGCUGUACUGAUAAUCACAUGUUUGGCCUUUAUUUCCCUAAAUACUCCCUUCAAAUAUCCUUACUUCCUGUUGUGCAACAAAGAAAAGAAGAAAGUCAACUAAAAGAUUAUUAUUAACAAAUCCUGAAACCAUGUGGAAUUGCUCAUGUGGGAUCAAGAAUAUGGGUGGGGAGUGAGGGUCUGGAACAAGAAGUUGAUCAAUAAAAAAUACUUUCUA